UAAGAAAAUUUUAACUUCUAUCCAAGAUUUAUCCUAUAAAAUCAAAAAACUUCAGCAAACAUUUUAUAUAGUAGAUCAAGAAGGUAAUUAUAUAGAACUGCUUAUUCAAGAUUCAAAUUAUCAUAAAUAUCUUAAGCAAGUAAAAGCAUUGUUUAACAAACUUCAGCAACAAAACCAAAAUACUAGAAUAGAUAAAAUAGAAAUCGAAAGUAGAUAA